GACAACAGCUGUUAAUAAAACUUUACUUUUUUUUAGAGAUUUUUGCAAAAUCUAUUUUUAUUAGAGAAAAUUAAAUUAUUUUUAAAGUAAUAAAGCACAAAUAAUCAUGACAGAAGUAGAAGUAAAUCCUGUAGCUGAACGUCUUAAGUUAGGACCUCGUGAGGGUGUUACCUAUCCUCUAGUAGUAAACUAUUGUGGUAAUUGUUCUAUGCCCAUAGAGUAUUGUGAAUAUUAUCCCGAGUAUGAGAAAUGUAAGACAUGGUUGGAAAAAAAUUUACCUACAGAAUUUGAGCGAGUUAAAUUGGAGGAAGAAGCCGGCGAUGGUGAUGAUGACAAGAAAAGACAAAAACGUGGCGGUAAAGGUUUGUUAAAAAUUAAAAAGAAAGAGGAGGUCACCAAAAGAAUUACAGUGUCUAGAGCUCCUAGAGGUAAAAAGAAGUCUGUGACAGUGGUCACCGGUUUAAGCACUUUUGAAAUCGAUUUGAAGGUGGCAGCCAAAUUCUUUGGUUCGAAAUUUGCUUGCGGCUCUUCGGUAACCGGUGAAGAUGAAAUUGUUAUUCAAGGUGAUGUCAAAGAUGAUCUAUUUGAUGUUAUACCCGACAAAUGGCCAACAAUUGAUGCAGAUUAUAUUGAGGAUUUGGGCGAUCAAAAGCGUUAAAUUUCUUGGUUUUAAUAAAACUAACGAGAAAAUAAUAAACUAAAAGCAUUUUAAA